UUGAUACAAACCGACAGCCGCCAUGUUUUGUCUCAAGGGGAGAGCCAGACACUCAAGGCACGUAGCAGCAGCGGGAGGAGCGAGCGACGUCGUCCGGUAGUAAACAGUAGAUGACGUUACCACUCGCCCGGCAGUUCACAGGAAACGGACCGGAGCUGGAAGAUAUGAGCCGUCCGUCCCCAGACGGAGCCGGUGGUGGUGGAGGACUCGGGGCCGGGAAAGUGGGCGGAGGAAAGCACGGAGGAGCCGCGGCGGCUGUUACGGGAGUAGCCGCCGGAGUGAGCACCGUGGCCGGGUCCGCUGUCCUUUCCCCUUCCCCCGCUGUGUCUCUGUCGCUCGGUCUACCGGGGCAGUCCCCGGAGCUCACGGCGCUGUUCGAGUGCCCGGUAUGCUUCGACUAUGUCCUGCCGCCCAUCCUGCAGUGCCAGGCGGGUCACCUGGUGUGCAACCUGUGCCGCCAGAAGCUGAGCUGCUGUCCGACCUGCCGAGGCCCGCUCACCCCGAGCAUCCGGAACCUGGCCAUGGAGAAGGUGGCGUCCACUCUGCCGUUCCCCUGCAAGUACUCGUCGGCUGGCUGCGGGCUGUCCCUGCACCACACGGAGAAACCGGACCACGAGGAGGUGUGUGAGUUCAGGCCGUACACCUGUCCGUGUCCCGGGGCGACCUGCAAGUGGCACGGCUCUCUGGAGGCCGUCAUGCCGCACCUGAUGCACGCGCACAAGUCCAUCACCACGCUGCAGGGUGAGGACAUAGUCUUCCUGGCGACAGACAUCAACCUGCCCGGCGCGGUGGACUGGGUGAUGAUGCAGUCCUGUUUCAGCCACCACUUCAUGCUGGUGCUGGAGAAGCAGGAGAAGUACGAGGGCCACCAGCAGUUCUUCGCCGUCGUGCUGCUCAUCGGCACGCGCAAGCAGGCCGAGAACUUCGCCUACCGCCUCGAGCUCAACGGCAACCGGCGCCGGCUGACCUGGGAGGCCACGCCGCGCUCCAUCCACGACGGCGUGGCCGCCGCCAUCAUGAACAGCGACUGCCUGGUGUUCGAC